GGCUAAAUUUAGAGAUUGCACAGUACAAAAAGUUUUAUAGCAAAUGUGAAACUAUAUUAGAAUUUUUUUAACGAAAUUAAAUUGAGAAUAAAAAUCAAAUAUUUGCGAGAUAAAUUCAUAUGUAAUUUAUAUGUCAAACUGCUUUCCAACUUGUUUUUGAUUAUCUAAUAAAACAAAACGCAAUAAAAUUUUUCCAAUGUUACACACACACCGCCCCGUGCGGUUUAAAAAUAAAAUUUAUUAAAAGAUAACUUAAUAAAAACUUUUUUAGAUAUUCUAAUUUUAUAACACAACUUUUGUUUUUGUUGAAAAUUGGUGUGCAAGGCACUUAUCAGGGGAAGGCACUUAAGAAAAAUGUCUGUGCGUUUGCUUACUACCCGACUUGUUAAACAUGGUCGUUACUUUCUACAAAGCUUUUGUAAACGAGAUAUAUAUACCAACAUUUUGGAACAAGAACAAUCUAACACAAGAAAACGUGUGCCUAUUUCGACCAGAGUUGUUAGGUCUACGACACAUAGACCAACACUAAAUGUCACAAAGAAUGCGGUUAGUGUUUCGCUUAAAUCUCCAAAUGCAUCGAUUCCACGAACUGGACUCUUUCGAUUUGGUGAACAUGCACGAAAAGUUUUCAUUGAUAAUAUAUUAAAUCGUGUCACUACUCAAUAUUCUGAACAACUUCGUAGUCAGGCUACUAAAAAAUUGUUCUACGGUGAUUCUGCUCCAUUUUUUGCCUUAGUUGGAGUUAGUUUAGCAUCGGGUGCCGGUGUAUUGACAAAAGAAGAUGAAUUGGAAGGUGUAUGUUGGGAGAUACGAGAAGCUGUUGCGCGUUUACAGGCUUCAUGGGAUUACGAUGAUAUCUCAAAAAAUUUAGAUGAAGACUUUAAUAUAGAUAAAUUGGAUAUUGGGCCACCAAUUGCUAAAGGUUGUGCUGCUGUCGUUUAUGCUGCAGCUCUCAAAGACAGCUCUUCCAAUGAUAAUACCAAUAUAUCAUAUACUACUGAAAAUGUAAGUGAAGCCAAUCCAGAUCGUAAUGCUUUGCAACAACAAACGCUUAAUUUCGAUAUAAUGUCACCCAUACAAAAUAUGUCACGAUUUGUACACAAUUUCGGAGGCUCAGUAGAUAAUUUAAAUAUCUAUUCUCAAAGCAAUGCAGCAACUUCAUUUUUAAAAGAUUUAGCUGAUCGAGAUCUUAAUGAAGACGAUAUAAAACGACAAGAUGAAAUACGUGGACAGGAAAUGAAUAAUGCUGCUUCCAAUACUAAAAACGACUCUCAACUUCUUGAAUGUUUAAAUACUGAUAUCACUCGCUAUCCAAUUGCAAUGAAAAUGAUGUUUAACUACGACAUACAAAGCAACGCUCUUUCAAUUUUACGCGCUAUGUACAAAGAAACUGUGCCCGCUCGUCAACGUCGUAUGAACGCUUCAUCUGAGGAAUGGGAACGUUUAAUAUCUAAUCAAACAUUAACAUUGCCUCCGCACCCAAAUAUCGUUUGCAUGUAUGGUUUCUUUUGCGAUGAAGUGCGUAAUUUUCCAGACGGGCAUUUGCUUUAUCCAAUAGCUCAGCCACAGCGUAUAAAUCCUCUCGGUUAUGGCAGAAAUAUGUCGUUAUAUUUACUAAUGAAACGCUAUGACUACAGUCUACGAUCUUUAUUGGACACACAUGAACUAAGUGCACGCACUAAAUUGUUAUUAUUUGCACAAUUAUUGGAAGCAGUAGCACAUAUAAGUCGACAUGGAAUAGCACAUAGAGAUCUUAAAUCAGAUAAUAUAUUAAUUGAAGUAAAUGAUGAUAAUACACCACCUGUUUUGGUACUAUCCGAUUUUGGUUGUUGUCUUGCUGACAAGGUACAUGGGUUAGAAGUACCGUAUACAUCGUUCGAUAUCGAUAAAGGCGGUAAUGCAGCUUUAAUGGCCCCUGAAAUCAUUAAUAAACGACCGGGUUCAUUUGCUGUGUUAGAUUACAAAAAAGCUGAUUUGUGGGCAUGUGGUGCAAUUGCAUACGAAAUAUUUGGUUCUCCAAAUCCGUUCUAUUCCAGUAGUGGUGGUAUGGCAGCAAUAAAUGGCGAACAAACAAAUUCCCUAAGGAAUUCCGACUACCGAGAAGAGCAAUUACCUGCAUUAAGUAAUGAUUGUCCCUACUUGGUACGAAAAUUGAUUUACAAUAUACUUAAUCCAAAUUCGUCCAAACGAGUAAGUCCCGAUAUUGCUGCUAAUAUAAUGCAGUUAUAUUUGUGGGCACCAUCGUACUGGUUGAAACCAGAAGGCAUACCAAAUAGUCCAGAAAUUUUACAAUGGUUACUCUCGCUUACAACCAAAGUUAUGUGUGAAGGUCGGAACAUCACUCAAAUAUUAAAUGAAACGUUAAAUUUUAAUCACGGCGGACGUCGUACUUAUGUGGAAUAUUUGUUAAUUUCUAGUUUUUUGUCUCGAGCACGGUUGCGCCGUAUUCGAGGCGCCCUUAAUUGGAUACAAGACACAGUUUAAAAGACAUAUAUAAUUGUUUGAAUAUAAUAAUUUAUCAAAUAAUAAUAAUUUUAUAUUUUAUAACAAAUUUGAGAGAAGUGUGAUAUAUUUACAGCAAACAUAGAAACGGAUAGAAAAAAAUGUAAUUACAAUGAAUAAAAUUAAUUAUAAUUAUCCAAAUCAUAUGAAAAAUGUUAUUAAUAAAAUUUAAUAAAGCUUCAUUAAUCACUACUUGAGUCAGCAAAA